AUGGUACUUUCAAUAAUACCGAAACAAUAUAAAGAUGCUUUCCUAAAAUAUCUAAAGUUUGUUGGACCUGGUAUCAUGGUUUCAGUUGCCUAUUUAGAUCCUGGUAAUUAUUCAACAGGUGUUGCAGGUGGUGCAAAUUAUGAAUAUAAACUAUUAUUUGCAGUGUUUAUGUCAAAUAUCUUUGCAGUUAUACUACAAUGUCUUUGUGUUAAAUUGGGAUCUGUCACAGGGUUAGAUUUAGCUCAAAAUUGUCGGAAACAUUUACCUCCAUGGUUAAAUUGGACUUUAUAUUUUUGUGCUGAAUUAGCAAUUAUUGCAACUGAUUUAGCUGAAGUUGUUGGGACUGCAAUUGCAUUAGAAAUCUUAUUUGGAAUACCAUUAAAUUGGGGUGUUGCAUUAACAGUAUUAGAUGUUGUUGUUAUUCUUUUCGCUUAUAGACCUGAAUCAAAUUCAAUGAGAAAUGUUCGUGGUUUUGAAAUCUUUGUUAGUGUUUUUGUAUUUGCUACAGUGAUUUGUUUUAUUUUAGAACUUUUCAAAAUUGAUGUUGGUGAUAAAUGGCAUUUAUUUGAAGGUUUCUUACCAUCAAAAGAAUUAACCGAGGAAAAGGGUCUUUAUUUAGCAUUGGGGAUCCUUGGUGCUACUGUUAUGCCACAUUCAUUAUAUUUAGGUUCUUCAUUAGUUCAAUCAAGAUUAAUAGAUUAUGAUAUUAAACAUGAAAAUCAUAAAAGUGUGGAUCAACAUAAACCUUCAUUAAGUGCAAUAAAUUAUUGUUUAAAAUAUUCUUACGCUGAAUUAAUUAUAUCAUUAUUUUUCAUUGCAACAUUUGUUAAUUCUGCAAUUUUAAUUGUUGCAGGUGCUACACUUUAUGGUCAACCAGAUGCAGAUGAUGCAGAUUUAAUGUCAAUUUAUGAAAUGCUUUCAAAAUAUAUUUCACCAACUGCUGGAUUAAUAUUUGCACUAGCAAUGCUUUUCAGUGGUCAAAGUGCAGGUAUAAUAGGUACAAUGUCUGGACAAAUAGUUUCUGAAGGUUUUAUAGAAUGGAGUUUUAAACCUUGGGUUAGAAGAAUUAUAACAAGAUUAUUAGCUAUAUUACCUUGUAUAUUUGUUGUUUCAACAAUGGGUAGAAAAGGUAUAGCAGAUAUUUUAAAUGGUAGUCAAGUUUGUUUAUCAUUAAUUUUACCAUUUGUUUCUGCUCCUUUAAUUUAUUUUACAAGUGUUAAACAAUAUAUGCAAGUUGAAAUUGAUGAUCAACAAGGUGAAAAUAGAAUUAUUGGAUCUAUUGAAGGUUCAAAUUAUGGUUCAACUGAAACAUCAGAAUCAACUAAUGAUCCAUUAUUAAAUAAAAAUACAGUGGAUUUUACAAAUGGUAAAUGGUUAAGUUUUUUUGCAAUUUUAACAUGGGCAACUAUUGGAUUUUUCAAUAUUUUCUUAAUAAUAUCAUUUGCUCGUGGUAAAGAUGUUCAUUUUUGA